UCUUACAACGCACCUCUUAAACUCAUCAUCAUUAUGUUUCGUCGCGCUGGACAAUCACUGGUGACUAGCACCGGUCGUCGGUCUUUUACUCAGUCUGCUGCUCGAAAGAGCUAUGCUGACACCGCAAAGAACCUUCUCAUCCACAAAGACACAAAAGUCCUCUGUCAAGGAUUCACGGGAAAGACGGCUACCUUCCAUGCAAAAGAAGCGUUGGCAUAUGGCACGAAGAUGGUUGGAGGUGUCUCUCCUAAGAAAGCUGGAGAAAUGCACCUUGGUCUUCCCGUUUUUGGUACAGUGAGAGAGGCUGUAAGGGAGACGCAACCCGACGCCACUGUUCUCUAUGUCCCUCCACCCACAGCAGCCGACGCCAUUAUCGAGGCGAUUGAAAACGAAAUUGGUCUCAUAGUCUGCAUAACAGAAGGCAUUCCCCAGUCUGAUGAGAUUAGGGUUAUGAACGCUCUGAAGAGCCAGUCCAAAUCCCGUCUUGUUGGACCAAACUGUCCUGGUAUCAUCAAUCCUCUAGGUUGCAAGAUUGGUAUCCAACCGGGUCAUAUCCACAAACCUGGCAAAAUCGGUAUUGUAUCCCGCUCUGGCACACUGACAUACGAGGCCGUGGCACAGACCACAGAUAUUGGAUUGGGACAGUCCCUUUGUGUCGGUAUCGGAGGUGAUCCUUUCCCUGGCACACAACACAUCGAUGUUAUUCGUAUCUUCCUUGAGGACGACAACACAGAAGGUAUUGUCAUUAUUGGCGAAAUUGGUGGCUCGAUGGAAGAGGAAGCUGCCGAGUACUUGGAAAAGUACAACAAGACACGCAGCAAACCCAAACCUGUUGUGGGCUUUAUUGCUGGACGCACUGCACCACCUGGCAGACGUAUGGGGCACGCUGGUGCUAUCAUAUCUGGAGGAAAAGGAGCUGCAUCAGAUAAGAUCGCUGCUUUAGAGAGGGCUGGUGCAUUUGUGACUGAUAGUCCUGCUAAGAUUGGUGUUCAAAUGCUCAAGGCAAUGCAAGCUGCUGGUCUCGUAUAGAUAGACUACUAUACCUCUGAGUGCUUAUUACAUAAUGAGUAGUUGCUGUGUCCGCGAGAUGGCUGGAAUCUACUAUACUUCUAAUCUUCUAAUCUUCUCGGUUU